CAUCAGAACCAGAGGACAUGACAAGUGUGGGAGGCUUCAUCUGCUGUAUUGGUGGAGGGCCAACAGCUUGGGAGAGCAAGAAGCAAGUGGACCAAGCAUUGAGCUCGGUGGAGUCCGAUGUCCAUCGUGUCGCAGGGGUGUGCAGCAAGCCCCCAUCAACUCAAGAAGAAUUUAUCUUGCAGAUCCAAGAACAAGAGCUCAAGAUUUCAAGCCCAAGGGACGCGGAUAAAUAUUAAAUAGUGAGAAUAGUAACGUUACUUCGUGUAG